AUGCUGACGUCACAUUCCCUAGUGAUAUCACGAUGUAUCGUGGUAUAUAAGCCGGAGAUAGUGCAGGUGUUAGGCACCUUCCUCAGGCACCCAGCGGCUCCUCGUCCACCAAGUUCAUAUCUAAUAACAGUCGAUUUUACUGAUAACAAAACGGAUACAGGAUGUACUCGUGGAAGGCACGAACACUUCUGGUGCUGGUCCUCGUCACGACAGCGACACAGGAGAGGUCUUGGCGUACAACGCAGCUGUCAAUACGGAAAAAGACAAACGGCCAGGAAUAUUGUAGAUAUUGCUACAAGAGCCUCAUACCGUAUAGAGAGUUUCAAAGAUGACUUCGUACAAAGUAUCCUAAGCAUGGACUGGAAUACAGCCAACCAAUACCUACCCCCUGGCCAUGUCGAAGAUGAAUGUCUACCUCCUCCACCACCUUCUCCGGGCACGUACUCCGUUCAGGACUUCCCAGACGAGCUUGUGCGCAUGUACUCCAUGAUGCAGAACUACAGCACGGCCCUCCACCACCUCACGCUCGACCGAGUGCUUAAUAUAAUCCAGACCACAGACUACAAUGAAGAUGUAAGUGAUGUCUCUGACUACCUGGACCUUCUCAUGAACCAUCUGAGACAAGGCAUCAUCUGCCGCAACAAAAGUCCCGACAAUCAAGAGACAGAGAGAAUCAUGAAGAAAAUGUACAUCGAUAUCGGCCCGGACAGGCACUCGAGGGACUUCGCCAUCCUCAGGGACACCCUCGAUGCGCUCGGACACAGCAUCGAAGUGUUCGAGACUUUCACGUAAAAUCUUCAGAAUUUUCUUUGUAAAUCGCAUUUUUUUCUAAUGUAAAGUAAAUAUCAAUCAUUAGUUUAGCUA